AGGGGCCCGUGCUGGGGCCGCGAGACCCCGUGGCCCCCCAGGCCCUAGCCUCCCCCGGAGGCCCGGCCAGGAAGGCUCCGCUAUGCAGCUCACCGUGUACUGCGUGCGGAGGGACUCCACGGAGGUGACCUUCUCCAUCCAGGUCGACCGGGACUUUGAGCUCUACAACUUCCGGGUGCUCUGCGAGCUGGAGUCUGGGAUACCUGGGGAGGCGCAGAUUGUCUUUGCAGAGCAUGCUCUCGAAGACAACCACAGGUCUUUGGCGUCCUAUGGCCUGAAGGAUGGUGAUGUAGUAAUUUUAAGGCAGAUACAGAAUGAAGAGCCUGGCCCCCCGGGUGGUUUCACAGGGAUAGACUUCAGCACUAUAGCUGUGCCAGGCACAUCGGCCUCCCAGCACCUUCAGCCUUCACACUCGUCAGACAACCUGGCAGGGAUGGCUGCAGCCCCACACAUCACGGACAAUCCCGCAGUGCUCCGGGACAUAUUACUUUCCAACCCCCAUGAAUUGUCAGUGCUCAAGCAGCGCAACCCAUCCCUGGCAGAAGCCCUGCUCAGUGGGGAUCUUGAGAAAUUUACUAGGGUUUUGAUAGAACAACAAGACCAAGCCCUAAGAGAGGAAGAGAGAUUUCACCUCUUUGCAGCUGACCUCUUUGAUCUUGAAGCCCAGGCGAAGAUAGAAGAAGCCAUCAGGCAACAGAACAUUGAGGAAAACAUGUCCAUAGCAAUGGAAGAGGCUCCUGAGAGCUUUGGCCAAGUAGUGAUGUUAUAUAUAAACUGCAAAGUGAAUGGACAUCCUGUAAAAGCCUUUGUUGAUACAGGUGCUCAGAUGACUGUUAUGAGCCAAGCUUGUGCAGUACGGUGUAAUAUAUUGAGACUUGUGGACCAGCGGUGGGCAGGGAUUGCUAAAGGUGUGGGAACUCAAAAGAUUAUUGGUAGGGUGCAUCUAGCUCAGGUUCAGAUUGAAGGAGAUUUUCUGGCAUGUUCUUUUUCUAUAAUAGAAGAGCAACCGAUGGAUAUGCUUCUGGGCCUGGAUAUGCUCAAGCGACAUCAGUGUAACAUUGACCUCAAGAAGAAUGUCCUAGUAAUUGGUACGACAGGCACACAUACAGCCUUUCUUCCAGAGAGGGAACUUCCGGAAUGUGCAAGCCUCAGCCUGCUCAUACAAGUCAGCCUGCAAGAGACUGUUGAAGCUAAUACUGUGAAGACUUUAGAGCUUCAGCUGAAUUCCAGAUAACAUGAGAAAAGAAAGAAUAUCCCUUCCUUUACUGGACCUUUAUGCCCACACUUUUGCCAGAGAGCCCUGUCAGAUCAGACAGCAACCUGUCCAAGUUUUGUACUGUCAUCUUGUGUAAUUCAUUUGGAAAAAGAAAAGGAAAGUUGCAGGUAAUAUAAAAUAUCUCCUGCUAAAGAAAACACCCUUGGCAUCAAAGCUUAUCUCAUUAAAGAACAGAAACCUAAUUUGUUGCAGCUUUCCAUAUGUGCAAUUCACAGGUAUUUCUAGGUGAAAAGGUGUUGUGUUCAGAAUAUCAGAAUCUGUGUUAAGCAAAUGGCUUUUACGAACGUGAAUGAAUGUGCAACCCAAGAUCAAAUAAUAGAAUGAGCCAGUUGACCAACAGUAAAAUAGUAACACUGAACUUGGAGCUUUUUGCUAGAAUAUGGCAGAGCCUUUCUCCUGUUCAACAAAAUAAAGUACAGUAAAAUUUAAAAAUGUGUUGCAGAUAAAGGGAAUGAGCAGCAGACGGGAGCCCUUCCAUGUCCAAGAGGAAAAUAUUCCACUCUCAGCAUUUUUUGAGAAUUCCCUUACACAAUCACCUAUGGAAAUAGAUGUAGGCAAAGGUUAUGUAAUUACUGUGUGUAGUGUGGCAAUUAAUCAGAAUGCCAAUGUUAAAAUUACUGGUGUUUCUGACCUUGGUGUAGAUAAUCCUUUGAUGGAAGUAGAGGCAUCAAAGCAUAAUACCCAACACCAUAAUACCCUGUAAUUUUGAGUAAUUCUGUUUUUACUGUUGCUUUACCACUCUCCAGAUAGUAAUGUUGAAAUGUAUGGAACAGGUAAACUGCCAUAUUUUUGCUCCUCAUUAACUAUUUAGUGAUUGACAAUUCUAUGCAUGCUACAGCUCUCUCUGCAUCUAUUAUCUGCAGAGAUACCUUGUAUAUUUGUAACAACUGCUUUGAAGGAACUUCAUGCAUUUUCCUUCUUCAGUUAUAAAAAGUUAAAAAAAACUCUUAUAUGUGAAGAAAUCAUCUAUCAUUAGGAACUAGCUUGAGACCACAUUCUCAAUGAGGAGCUUUCUAAGAAAUAGACCUGAAGUCAGCAUCAUAGGGCUUUUGAGGUGAUCAGAAUUAACAGGACUCUUUGGUAAGUGAUUCCUGGACCAGUGACAAAGAGAGUUUAACAGCAGUAUCACUGAGUCCUGGAGUGGAAACUGUUAACACUGAAGUUUCAUUUGUGAGCCUGACAACUGCUUUAAAAGAUAUCCAAAAUUGAGAGCUGUUCUGUCCUACUAAACUUGGCUGAAAUAUUGAAUUAGCUAAUACACUGCAACUUAGGUGCAGUCUUUUCAUCCCAACUUGGAUCCAUUGAAGACGAUAUCACAACUAGCACUUCUGAAAAAUCUGAGGCCUUGGUGUCAGAUUUAAUAGUAGUCCUCGAUCAAGAUAGUCAAAACCAAUUUACUAAAGUGCCUAAAAUCAGGAAAUCCUAUAUCCUGAAGCUACAGUCUUCCUUCACAGACUAGAGAAGCUCUGUUCUUUCAGUGUCUUUCUUGCUACAGAAAAUGAUUGGAGUCUUACUCUUUGGUGGGCUUCUCGGGACUUUUCACUGAGUUUGUGUAAAUAUAAACCUUGUGUGUGUGUGUGUGUGUGUUUUUCCCGUUUUGUUAACAAAGAACAUCAUAGUUCCUAAAUAACAGUGGAAAAGAUGAACCUGACUUGUCCUCAUUCCUUGGACAAAUAUGUAUGAAGUAUGUGUAUACAGGUAUAUGUG